AUGUUUGGCAAAUUUUAUUUUCAAUUUGUAGCUGGUUUUGGAAAAUGUCAAAUCCAAAAUAUAAGGCCAAAAGCUACCUCCGGCAAGCGAUACUCUGACAUCGAGAUUAAGGUGCGCGAGGCUACCUCAAACGAUCCAAAUGGGCCCUCGACAACCCUUUUGGAGCAGCUAGCUGCAGCUAGCAACCACCAGUACACCGGGCAUUGUCUUAUUGUACUGAUGUCUAUUCUUGACCGCCGCCUGAAUGACAAGGGCCGCAACUGGCGACAUGUGUACAAGUCGCUAAUCGUUUUGGAUUACCUGCUUCUGGCCGGUUCGGAUCAAGUUCUGCUUCAUUUGAAGGAGCAGAUUUAUAUCAUAAAAACGCUGCUCCACUUUCAAUAUGUCGAUGACUUGGGAAGGGACCAUGGAUCUUGCGUCCGCCAAAAGACCAAAGAUCUGCUUGCGCUAAUAGAGGAUCCAGAUAUGAUUGCAGAUCGGCGAAACAACCCCCACAUGAAAGAUCCGCAUUCUUUUUUAGCGUUUAAUGACGAGAAAUAUGGGCAAAAUCUUGGCGGAGCCGGUGGUAAUUCCUCGCCCAGAAAUGGUUGGAGCAGGGCAAGCUCCUCUCGCACAUCAUCGCCCUCUGUUUUAAACCACAAUUCCUAUUCAAGCUCGCGAGAAGAGGAAAGGCAAUUACAGAUGGCACUUGAUGCUUCUCGUCAACAAGCGCUUAUUGAUGCUCAAAGGCGAGCCUCGCUUAGAAACAACGAGGAGGAUGAUGUGGAGUUAAAAGCAGCGCUAAGAAUUUCUGCGGCCGAAACAUCGUCUUCCUCGUCCAAAAAGUCGAACGACGAUUUAAUUGACCUUUUUCAGGGCCCGCCAACUGCUUCUGAAAUCCACCGAGAGCUUUCUACAUUAAGCGUGGGAAUGGCUGCUCCUCCUCCACCACCUCCUCAACAACAUUAUUAUCCCACUCAAUAUGCCCAACAAUUGCAAUUUUCUUCUCACUAUCCUCAACAAAUGCACCAAUCCUCUGGUGAGAUGUGGAGUCAACCGAAGCCUAAUUUUUAUGUAGAUCCCUCCAGUUAUCCCACCUAUUCAGCGGACGAAAAAUCACCUUUAGGUACUCAACAGAAAUAUUCGGAUUGUGUAAAUAAUCCAAGUAGCUUCGCGUCUGAUGAUCCCUUUGCGGGCCUUUCUUCAGAGUUGCGAAAAUCGUGGGCUUUUAUUCUUACAUUUUAG